UGUACUGUACAUAACUUAAUUGAUUAMAUUAUAUAUCAUCGAUCGAAAAAUUAGAGGUUGGAAUCCUCACUUCAACAUAUAAGUCAACGUCAAAUCCAAAAAGGGUAUUUCUGUAAAUUCAGCAUAGGGAGAAACUACAAGUCAUCUCCUAUGGGAUGCAUUAUAUAAACUAAUAAUCUGUCUCUCAAAUGGUGUCGAUUGAUUUGUGUGAUCAUAUUGAUAAAGUUCAGCUCCCCACAGACAAAGCAAGAAGAUGAUGACCAGAUUUUGCAGAUUCCAUGACUCUGUCAAGCCAUUUUGGUUUAGUUUCUUCUUCUUCUUCUUCCUCCUGCUCGGCCAUGGAUUUCCAGUGGUAGUAGAAUCUGCAGAAGGUGAUACCCCAGUAUCCGACCUUUUGAGUCGAGAUGAUUGGAGGCAGAUGGCUGGAUAUGGUGAGGAGAGACUGUCCACAGUUCUGGUCACAGGCUCUGUUCUUUGUGAAGCUUGUUUGCAUGGUGAUGAACCUCAACUUCAUUCAUGGCCUAUUUCAGGUGCCAUGGUGGGUGUGAGCUGCCACAACAACGGAAGAAAUAGCAAAUCUUCUGAUUGGGCACAUGGAGUCACUGAUGAAUUUGGAGACUUCAUUAUUGAUAUUCCAUCCCAUCUUCAUGCAACACGCAGCUUUGAAAAGGUUUGUUCAAUCAAGAUUCUUCAGACUCCGAAGAACGCACGCUGCCGACCUGCUCAUUUCGCUGGUCGGGAGCAGCUGCAAUUGUCAUCGUUUGGAGGUGGCAUCCGUACAUAUACUUCUGGCGCUCUCAAGCUGCAGCACCGGACAUCUCGACCCCUGCAAGGUUGUAUAAACAAGGGAAGUGGUGACAAACAGACCUUAUGGUAGACAGAAACCUAGUCAAGUGAAUGAAUUUGGU